CAUUAUAGGAUAUCAUUAAUAUCUACUGAGUACUCUUCGCGAAUUCUAAAGCAGCACCAACCAUGCACGCCAUCACCGUCUCCUCCACCGACGGCCAGCCGGGUAAGCCGGGCAAAGUCUACUACCCUCUCGCCCUUCGGGACAUCCCCAAGCCCACGCCCCAAGGCACCGAGCUCCUCAUCAAGAUCACCGCCGCGGCUCUAAACCACAGAGACCUCUUCAUCCGCCAGCACCUGUACCCGGGUGUUUCGUUCGACACCCCUCUCCUCGCGGACGGAGUGGGCGUCGUGGUCGCAGCCGGCCCACAAGUCCCAGAGCCACAAUCCUGGAUCGAAAAGCGAGUCAUUCUGAACCCGGGCACAGGAUGGAAAGAUUCAGAGGACGGUCCAGAGUCGCCAACGGGAUAUGCCAUCAUGGGCGGAACGAAGGCUAAUCCCAAGGGCACGUUGCAGGAAUAUGUCACUCUGGACGUGACGGAGGUUGAGCUAGCGCCCGAGCAUCUGAGCGACGUCGAGGCCGCUGCUCUGCCCUUGACAGGCCUGACUGCCUGGCGUGCUCUCGUCACCAAAGCUGGCGAUAAGAACUCCAAGGCCGGUGCGGCGGUUUUGAUCACGGGGAUCGGUGGUGGAGUCGCCCUGAUGGCGUUGAGAUUCGCAGUCGCCCGAGGCGCCGAUGUCUACGUCACGAGCUCGAGCGAGGAGAAACUCAGACAAGCUACCGAGCUGGGUGCUCGCGGGGGGGUAAAUUAUAAGGAGGACGGAUGGGACAAGAAACUGCUUGGCAUGCUGCCGAAGGGGAAGAGGAACUUUGACGCCAUAAUCGACGGUGCGGGUGGAGACAUUGUCGAGAAAUCAGCCCGGCUGCUUAAGGCUGGAGGAGUUCUCUCCGUUUACGGCAUGACGAUCGCGCCGAAGAUGCCUUUCUUCAUGCAAGCCGUGCUUAAGAACAUAGACGUCAAGGGCUCGACGAUGGGCUCGAGAAAGGAAUUUGAAGACAUGGUCAACUUCGUCAAAGCGCAUGGCAUCAAGCCCAUUGUGUGGCGCGUGGUGCAGGGUAUCAACAACAUCAAAGAGAUCGAUAGCCUAUUUGACGACAUGAAGCAGGGAAGCCAGUUUGGCAAAUUGGUCAUUCGGAUCGCCAAUGACGGCGUGUCCGACAGCAAGCUGUAAAGGCCGCAUUGCGCUCAUUUUCAAAUCUUCUUUGGGGUCACGUAGUUACGGGGGAGUGAGUGGGUUUACUCCGUAUCUUCGUUCGUUCGUUAAAGAGUUGCUUUCUCGCCGUAAUCUCCUUGGAACCAUAGCUUUUGACACCUGGACCAGGCUGGGGGGGUUGGGUUGGGUUUCGAAAUUGCGAAACAAAUAUUUAGUUGAAAUUUGGAUUUUCCAGGAUGGGAGAUCGGAUUUCAUUUGUUUUUUUAUUCUCGGAUUUCCAAGAAAUCUUUGUCCGGUUCUCCCCAAGCGAAUGAGACGAGAUCAGAAAGGGAAAAAUGCAACGUCAACCCUGUGCAAUUCGUGUAGCUAUGUCCUCUACGAGUUGUACAUAAUGUAGGACGCAUGGGGGAUCUGGACAAGGUAUCCUAGAGAACAGUCGAAAUGAGAGUCGCUUGUUUUUGGCGGAAAA